GGCCUCCAGCCCCCCGAAACCUCCAUGCCCAGGCCCUCUCAGACUCUGAAAUUCAGCUGAUGUGGCAGCGCCCAGAGGCGCCAUCUGGGCCUAUAUCCAAGUACAUCGUGGAGGUGCAGGUGGCUGGGGGCUCAGGAGACCCACUGUGGAUGGACGUGGACAGGCCCGAGGAGACAAGCACCAUCGUCCGUGGCCUCAAUGCCAGCACACGCUACCUCUUCCGUGUGCGGGCCAGCAUCCAGGGUCUCGGUGACUGGAGCAACACAGUAGAACAGUCCACCCUGGGCAACGGGCUGCAGAGCGUGGGCCCAGUCCAAGAGAGUCGGGCGGCUGAAGAGGGCCUGGAUCAGCAGCUGAUCCUGGCUGUGGUGGGCUCUGCAUCUGCCACGUGCCUCACCAUCCUGGCCGCCCUCUUAACCCUGGUGUGCAUCCGCAGAAGCUGCCUGCAUCGGAGACGCACCUUCACCUACCAGUCAGGAUCGAUCGCAGACUUUGGGCUUUCUCGGGGGGAGGAGGUUUAUGUGAAGAAGACAAUGGGGCGUCUCCCAGUGCGCUGGAUGGCCAUCGAGUCUCUGAACUACAGUGUCUAUACCACCAAGAGUGACGU